AUGGAAGAAACAAUUGCGUCGAAUUUCGUGUGUUUCAGUUAUGCGACAUAUGGUCGAUAGACACUAUACUGUUUGGUGACCGGAAGAAUCCCUUGGGAUGGCACUGGAAGUAUAAUUGCAAACGGCGAACCGCUAAAACUCCCGGAGAAGCCAGUCAUUUUGAAAGAUCUCCGCGAGUUGAUCUCGAGGAUGCUGAAUAA